AUCUAUGGCCAUAGCAAUGGCCGCAAUGGCUAACAAACCAAAAGAAUUUACUUAGGUUAGGUACAACUGUUUGUUUUUAUUUUUAUUUGCAUGUAAAAAACAUAAACCACCUUUUAAACAACGAUAAUGGCAGAUCGUUUAACUCAAUUGCAGGAUUGCAUCAAUCAGUUAGCAGAACACUUUUGCAAUAGUAUUGGAAUUUUGCAACAGUUUGCUUCUCCAAGUAAAUUUCCAGGCUUUGAUAGAACUGGCUCCCAAACACCACAACAACAAACUCAGGAUGACUAUGUGCAAUUGUUUACUACACUUAUUGCACGUUGUUCCAAAGAUAUCGAUACCCUCAUAGAGUCCUUGCCUAGUGAAGAAAGUUCUACAGAACUGCAGCUUCAGAGCUUAAAAGUUCUUGAAGCAGAAAAUCAAGAAACUGCCGAGAGGUUGGAAGCUAUUGUUCAUAGGGGCCAAGAACUUUUAGAUCAAAUACAAAUUGCCUUAAGUGACAUCUCACAAGCUCAGCUUGAAAUGCAGUAUCCCGCAAAAAAGAAUUUAUUAUAAGGAUUAGACUGUCUCUCAAAUUUAUAUUUCUUUUUUCAUUUACAAAAUUGCUUUAAGUUAAUUUUACUUUAGAUAUCCUACUUGUAAGAUGGAUGAGAAGAAAAUAAAAGAUAAUUUUUA